AUGGCGUCGUCGCUUGUCCCUCGCCUCUUCGGCCGCACCGCCCGCUCGCUCUCUGCCAGACGCCCGCUGUUGGCCCCGCGCUCGACCUGGCGCGCCGCUUCGUCCAAACACCCAGACUCCUUCGUUGCGCCGGACGAGAGCGACCUCGCGGAGCUGAGGGAGCGCGUGCAGGAAUUCACCAGACGAGAAAUCCCCGAGGAGGUAGCCGCGAAGACAGACACCGACAAUGCCUUUCCCAACGAGAUGUGGAAGAAAUUGGGCGAUGCCGGCUUUCUGGGAAUGACCGCAGACACGGAGUACGGUGGCACUUCGCUGGGCUACCAGGCCCACUGCAUUGUUCUCGAGGAGAUCACCAGAGCCUCCGGCAGCAUUGGCCUGUCGUACGCCGCCCAUUCGCAGCUCUGCGUCAACCAGCUCUCGCUGAACGGAACCACCGCUCAGAAGCAGAAGUUCCUGCCCGGUCUGAUAUCCGGUGAAAAGAUCGGUGCGCUGGCCAUGUCGGAGCACUCGGCCGGAUCUGAUGUCGUCAGCAUGAAGACCACAGCCAAAGCCGUCGACGGCGGGUACCUGCUGAACGGCACUAAGAUGUGGAUCACCAACGGGCCUGAUGCUGACUACAUUGUUGUCUACGCCAAAACGAAGCCCAAGGAGGGCUCAAAGGGCAUCACUGCCUUCAUUGUUGAGACCUCGUCCAAGGGCUUCUCGUGUGCACGCAAGCUUGAUAAACUGGGCAUGAGAGGCUCCAACACGGGCGAAAUUGUCUUCGAAGACGUCUUCGUGCCGACUGAAAAUGUGCUCGGAGAGGAAAACCGGGGUGUUCACGUUCUCAUGGAGGGAUUAGAUCUCGAGCGUUUGGUUCUCAGUGCCGGCCCUCUAGGACUCAUGCAAGCGUCUCUUGACCUCGUCCUUCCUUACACCCACACCCGCAAACAGUUCAACGCCCCCAUCGCCCACAACCAACUCGUCCAAGGCAAACUCGCCGACAUGUACACCAAACUCGCCGUCUCCCGCGCCUACACCUACAGCAUCGCCCGACAGAUCGACAACUCCGCCGGCUCGCCCGAGGGUACGCACAUUCGCACCCAGGACUGCGCCGGCGCCAUUCUCUACGCCGCCGAGCGCGCGACGGAAUGCGCGCUAGACGCGAUCCAGCUGAUGGGCGGCACGGGGUACAUCAAUGAAAUUCCGGCGGGGAGGAUACUGAGGGAUGCGAAGCUGUAUGAGAUUGGUGCCGGAACGAGCGAGAUCCGACGCAUGGUCAUUGGAAGAGCGUUUAACAAGGAGUAUGCUUCUUAG